UAUUAAUUGUUAUCUUGCAGAAACGGCAAUGGGUGUGAAUAUACAUGCUCAAGAAACCUUUACGGAAUAUACAUCAACACUGUAUAAAAUUUCCGGGUUACUAAUAGAUAGACUAUAUCGACCGUGGUAUUGGAUUGAUUGGUUGUACUAUUUACUGCCCGCAGGAAAGGAAUUUAAAUCAGCCUCUAAUAUAUUGCAUGAUUUCACGAGUAAGGUGAUAAGUAAGAAAAAGGCUGAACGACAAGCGCAAAACUGCACAGAACUCGUAAAUCAAGAUAAUGAAUUUAAUAUAGAUAAAAAGAAGAAGAAAGCGUUCCUAGAUCUAUUAUUAGAGCAGAAUGCGAAAGUUGACACUCCCAUGACCGAUGAUGAGUUGAGAGCACAAGUUGACACAUUCAUGUUUGCGGGACACGACACAACUGCGGUUGCGAUAAUCUGGGUACUUUUUCUUUUGGGUAAUAAUCUCGAGCACCAAGAAAGAGUUCACGAAGAACUCGAAGAGGUUUUCAGAGAUUCUCAAGCACCAGCUACUGUAAAAGCAUUGUCGCAACUGAAGUAUCUCGACAGAGUUAUGAAAGAGACGCUCCGAUUAUUUCCAAGUGCACCUUUCAUCUCGAGGAAAUUAUUCGAAGAAGUAAAACUGGAUAAUUAUACAAUUCCGAAAGAUGUCACAGUCACAUUGGCAAUCUAUUUAGUGCAUCGAAACCCGGAGGUCUGGCCGGACCCAUCGAAGUUCGAUCCGGAUCGCUUUCUUCCAGAAAACUCAAAGAACAGGAAUCCGUAUGCCUACGUUCCGUUCAGCGCUGGACCGAGAAAUUGCAUAGGCCAAAGAUUUGCUCUACUGGAAGAGAAAAUCGUGUUGACCGCUCUUCUGAGGAAGUGGAGGGUGAAAAGCGUGAAAACUCCUGACACGAUUAAGUACGGCGGCUCUCUCAUUUUGAGACCAAGCGAGGAAGUAUACAUGUACCUCACGCCCAAGAAAUAAACAGUUUACUAACAAAUAUAAUA